AUGCCGAUCCGAAACCCUUUCACCCGCCGCCCCGGCGCUGUCGUCCCGGCCGACGACGGUGUCUACGCCGACAGAGAGCACAAUUACCCCGGAUUCGAGCGAGUCGACAUCGUGGGCUCCAAGGCGUCGUCGGUUUUGAGCAUCCGCAGCGCCAGAAGUCAGGAUACCGGCGAGUAUAAGAUGAGCGUCGUCAAUGAUAGCGGCGUAUAUCUCCCUGUAGGUUUUUGUGCAACCCUCACUGGCACUCGGCUGCAUCCAUCUGCGCAGACUGCUAAUUCUGUUUUAUGCGAACAGCCCUCGCCGUCGGAGGAGAAGAGCCAGUGGCCGCGCAGACACCUCUCGUCGCGCGAGUCAUCAGACAGCUCAGGCGAGAUUGAGCACUUUUCUAUUUCGCGAGAGUCCUUUGACUCGUACCGACGAUCAUUUGAUAUCUCGGCACGAUCUCCCGUCAGCGCAUACGAUAUUCCUACCCGCCAAAGUCUCGAUUCGGCUCGAUUCUCUCGAAUGCCCAGAUCGGCUAUCAACCGCAACUCGGUGCAACUGCCCACCGCCGAUGAAGGUUUUGAGGAUGUCGGUCUCGAGGACCAGAAGCAGCAGCCUCGCAAGCGCGGAUUCUUUUCCAGGUUGACAGAGUCCGAAGAGAAAGAUCCAUCUCCAGCACCAUCAGGCGUCUCUAGGUUCCUCAUUCCCGGUCGAAAGAGGGCUCAGAGCGGUCAAGGAUCUGAGCUAAGCCCCAUGGAACACACGCCUGUGUCAACGAAAGACUGA